AUGCUGGCUUCGAUGUCGAGUAACUCCGCCCUCAUCCCACUUGGAGGUAUUCAUGCUGAUUUAGUCCCAAGAGAUGUAUCGGCCAUCACAAAAGCUCCAGAAAUGCUCUCUGGACGAGUCAAGACACUUCAUCCCGCAGUGCACGCCGGAAUACUCGCCCGUGAUCUAGCUUCGGACGAGAAGGAUCUUGCAGACCAGAAUAUCAACAAGGUCGACUACGUUGUGUGCAAUCUAUAUCCUUUCAAGGACACCGUUGCUAAGAUCAACGUGACAAUUCCAGAGGCAGUCGAGGAAAUUGAUAUCGGCGGUGUAACACUCAUCCGUGCAGCCGCAAAGAAUCACACUCGCGUUACAAUCCUCUCGGAUCCUGAUGAUUACGCCAGCUUCUUGCAAGAGCUCGACAAUGGUGAUGUAUCUGAGGCUAGCCGCCAACGUCAUGCACUAAAGGCUUUCGAGCACACUGCCGACUAUGAUGCAGCAAUCUCUGAUUUCUUCCGCAAGCAAUAUGCUGGAAACGGUGCACAACAGCUCUCCCUUCGCUAUGGUGCAAACCCUCACCAAAAGCCCGCCAGUGCAUAUGUUCGCAGCGGUGCUUUACCGUUUAAAGUCCUUGGUGGUUCUCCAGGCUACAUUAACCUUCUCGACUGCCUCAAUGCUUGGCCCUUGGUCAAAGAACUCAAGCAGUCGCUCGGACUCCCCGCAGCUGCGAGCUUCAAACAUGUCUCACCUGCUGGAGCCGCUAUUGGUGUCCCCCUGAAUGAGAAAGAGCGCAAGGUUUACAUGGUUGACGACAUUGAUGGUAUCUCGGACUCUGCUCUUGCUCAAGCCUAUGCUCGGGCACGCGGUGCCGACCGUAUGUCCAGCUUCGGGGACGUUGUCGCUUUGUCUGAUAAGGUCGACGUUCCUACUGCAAAGAUCAUCAGCAGGGAGGUCUCCGAUGGAGUCAUUGCGCCUGACUAUGAACCCGAAGCACUUGAGAUUCUCAAGAAAAAGAAGGGUGGAAAAUACCUUGUUCUCGCCAUUGACGAGUCGUAUGAGCCAGCACCACAAGAGACCCGGACAGUGUACGGUGUCACAUUGACACAGGGUCGAAAUGACGUAAAAAUCACACCCAAUGGAACCUUCAAUUCGGUUAUUCGUCCCAAGGAUAGUCCUAAGCUCUCUGAAUCCGCACUUCGCGAUCUCACCGUCGCCACCAUCGCGGUCAAGUACACUCAAUCCAACAGCGUUUGCUAUGCUGUCAAUGGUCAGGUCAUCGGACUCGGUGCCGGCCAGCAGUCACGCAUUCACUGCACACGUCUCGCAGGUGACAAGGCGGACAAUUGGUGGAUGCGAUUCCAUGAGCGGACAUUAAGUAUUCAGUGGGCAAGGGGCGUCAAGCGGCCAGAGAAGAGUAAUGCCAUCGACAUGCUGUGCUCUGGUCAGGUGCCACCUCAGUCAGAAUUCGAAACCAAGGAUUAUGAACGCAAUUUUGCAGAAGGCCAGGUACCGCAGCCCUUCACUGCUGAAGAGAGAAGGGCAUGGUUGGAUCAAUUAUCUGACGUCGCAGUUUCAAGUGAUGCUUUCUUCCCCUUCGUGGACAAUGUCUACCGCGCCGCUAGGAGCGGUGUGAAGUAUAUUGCUUCACCCACAGGCUCACAGAAUGACGGUGCGGUGUUUGACACAGCGGAGAACCUUGAUAUCACCUUCAUCGAGCAGAGUACUCGGCUUUUCCACCACUAA